GGCCGGGGGGCGAGCGGGGCGGGAGGAGUCCGAGCCUUUGCCGCCGCUGCCGCCGCCGCCAGUGGGAUUGUCUGAAAACCUCUGGAUUCUAAGGUGUUGGAACUGUUGCCAUGGAAACCUCCUGAGAUGCUGCAUGUACCGGUGGCUUCCAAUUUAACUUCCAGAGAGAGUUGGGGACUUUUCAUCUCCCCAAGAAGAAAUCCUGCUGAGUCAUUUACAGUGUUACUUAACAAAUACGGGCUGGACACCUACUGUGGGUGCUUACAAGCCGAGGACAGCUGUCGUGGAAUGGCUCUCUACCCCCACAACUGAUAAUAACAGCUCAGCCAGCAUUUUCUUUGGCAAUCCCACACCCUAUGGACCCACCGGCUGGUUUUUCUGGUUUGUUUCCCCUAGGGCAAUUGGCAUAUUUCUCCAAGAACCUUCAAGAAGCUGAACAGCCUGUUUUCACACUUAAGAGAGGGGAGGCCCACAACUGUUUCCUGAAAUCUGGGGCUGGAAAUGGCCACACAGGACAGAUCGAGCCAGAGGCUGCCUCCGGUGGGCGAGCCGGCAGUGGAGGGGGCGCCGCAUCUGCCCGUGGGCCACGAGCUGGCCGAGGCCAGCCGCUUUGCCUAUGCUGCCCUCUGUGGCAUCUCCCUGUCCCAGCUCUUUCCAGAACCUGAGCAAAGCUCCUUCUGCACAGAGUUUGUGGCGGGCCUUGUGAAGUGGCUGGAGUUACCCGAAGCCGUCCUGCCAACCAUGACUGCUUUUGCCAACGGCCUGGGAGGCGAAGGCGCGGACGUGUUUGCUCCGAUUUUAUUGAAGGACCCCAUCUUGAAGGACAACCCAUUGGUGAUCAUUCAGGACCUUCUGAGCUUCUCACUCAAGGAUGGGCGCUAUGAUGCACGGGCCCGCGUCCUCAUUUGCCAUGUGACCUCCCUCUUCCGAGUGCCCUUGGAGGAGCUGGAUCUCCUUGAAGAGACGUUCCUUGAGAGCCUGAAGGAAACCAAAGAGGAGGAAUCUGAAACGGCUGAGGCGUCCCGGAAGAAGAAAGAAAACCGAAGGAAAUGGAAACGCUAUCUCCUGAUAGGCCUGGCAACUGUCGGGGGCGGGACCGUGAUCGGCGUGACUGGGGGUCUAGCUGCCCCUCUCGUGGCCGCUGGGGCUGCCACGAUCAUUGGCAGUGCUGGGGCAGCGGCUCUGGGCUCGGUGGCCGGCAUCGCUGUCAUGACCUCGCUGUUCGGGGCGGCUGGAGCUGGCCUGACAGGGUACAAGAUGAAGAAGCGUGUCGGGGCCAUUGAAGAGUUCACAUUUCUGCCUCUAACAGAAGGCAGGCAGCUGCAUAUCACCAUCGCCAUCACAGGAUGGCUGGCAUCCGGCAAAUACCGCACCUUCAGCGCCCCAUGGAUGGCCUUAGCCCGCAGCAGUGAGCAGUACUGCCUGGCCUGGGAGGCCAAGUACCUGAUGGAGCUUGGCAAUGCCCUGGAGACCAUCCUCAGUGGUCUGGCCAACAUGGUGGCCCAGGAGGCCCUGAAGUACACGGUGUUGUCCGGCAUCGUGGCUGCCCUGACCUGGCCAGCCUCACUGCUCACUGUUGCCAACGUCAUCGACAAUCCCUGGGGUGUGUGUCUCCAUCGGUCGGCGGAGGUCGGCAAGCACCUGGCCCACAUCCUGCUCUCCCGGCAGCAGGGCCGGAGACCUGUCACCUUGAUUGGCUUCAGCCUAGGAGCCAGGGUCAUCUACUUCUGUCUGCAAGAGAUGGCUCAGGAGAAAGAUUGCCAAGGGAUCAUUGAGGAUGUCGUCCUGCUGGGCGCACCCGUAGAAGGAGAAGCCAAGCACUGGGAGCCUUUCCGGAAGGUGGUGUCUGGGAGGAUCAUUAACGGCUACAGCAGGGGGGACUGGCUCCUGAGCUUCGUGUACCGCACGUCCUCCGUGCAGCUGCGCGUGGCCGGCCUACAGCCCGUGCUGCUGCAGGACAGGAGGGUGGAGAAUGUGGACCUGUCCUCUGUGGUCAGUGGCCACUUGGACUACGCCAGGCAGAUGGACAUCAUCCUGAAGACUGUGGGCAUCCACACCAAGCCAGGCUGGGAUGAAAAGGGGCUCCUGCUGACCCCGGGCAGUCCGCCCCAAGAGGAGCCUCGCCAGGUAGCAGCCACCUCCUCAUCAGACAAGACCACACCCGGAGACAACCCUAAAGUGGCCACACCCGCUGACCCUAGCCGAGUCCAGGUGCCAACAGGGCUGGACCAGUCUGAAGGUGCCUCCCGUCCUGCCACUACCAGCCCGGCUGAGAGCCCCCAGCUCUGCAGCCACGGCACGGGCCCCAACCCACUGGGCUGCCCCGACUGUGCCAGCGAGACCCAGGGGCCCUGCCCAGGGCUGGACUGACCGCAGAAGGGGACUCGAGCUGCCUUCCCAGGUUCCUCCAUGUAACACUCCCUUACCCUUCCACCAGCUGCCCCACGUGAGCUCUGAAUUUCCACCAGUGCCUCUCCCAGGUUCAAGGCAUUAGGACUGAAAAGUAAGGCAUUGGAAGGAGGGGAGUCGAAGAGAGAUAGCGUUCCCUCCCCGAGGAAGCAAGGCCGGAGCCCUGCAGAGACAACCAACCACAGUUUAGAGCCCCAGGACUCUGCCAGCCUUGGGCUUCCUGUAUUUCAAGCCGCAGCUGUGGGGGCUGGCUGGCCAUCUGGGGGCCCAGGGGGCUUUCACGGCCCCAGUGAGUCCAGGUGGACGCCUGCUCUUCCAUCCACACAGCAGGGCUGCCCGCCAGCCCACGGGGCACCACUGAUGCACCUACAGAGUGGAUGCAGGUGGGGAGCCCGCAGCUGGCUCUGCUCUGGGGAGGUGCGAUCAGAUGUGCCUGUAGGGCCAUAUGCAGGCUGUGCACUGCAGAACCCCAGGAGCAUGGAUCACAUGGACGUGAUGUGAAGCGUCCCCCCAGUUGUGCUGUGUGGUGCUCUGGAUGUAACUCACAGCGUGAUGAAUAUAUGCUGAAUCAGCAUGCACUAUGGGUGGGAAGUGGGCCUGGUGACAAGAAUGAAUUACACGGGGGAAGGAUUUCCUACAGCAGGAAGGGGGGAUAAUGAUUAUAGUAAAAAUAAUAAUAGGUACCACUCAUUGAGAA